AUGUCAACCGCUCAAAAUAAUGGGAAUAAAGGUGCAAAGAGCAAUACUAAUAAACAAGCGCAAAAAAAACACACUAAAAAGGUCGAGGCUGCAAUUGAAGGCGCUGCACAAAUUGGCAUCGAAGUGCGAAAGGAGGCAGAUUUCUCGACGUGGUAUCAACAGGUCUUGACACGUUCAGAAAUGUUAGAUUAUUAUGAUGUUUCCGGUUGCUACAUUAUUAGACCGUUGGCAUAUAAUAUCUGGCAAGAAAUUCAACAUUUCUUUGAUGCAGCAAUCAAAGAACUUGGUGUAGAAGACACGUACUUUCCGAUGUUUGUCUCACAGCGGGUACUGGAAAAGGAAAAAGAUCAUAUUGAAGGAUUCGCGCCAGAAGUCGCAUGGGUCACAAAAGCUGGAUCCAGCGAUCUGGAAGAACCAAUCGCAAUAAGGCCUACCUCAGAAACCGUCAUGUACCCAUACUUUGCCAAGUGGAUUAGGAGUCAUCGUGACUUGCCGUUGAAAGUGAAUCAAUGGUGUAAUGUGGUUCGAUGGGAAUUCAAAAAUCCUCAACCUUUUCUUAGAACCCGUGAAUUUCUAUGGCAAGAAGGCCAUACAGCGCACUUCACAAAAGAAGAAGCAGACACAGAAGUAAAACAAAUCCUUGAAUUGUAUCGUCAAGUAUACGAAGAUUUAUUAGCAGUCCCAGUAAUAAAAGGGAUAAAAUCCGAAAAGGAAAAAUUUGCUGGCGGUCUCUACACGACCACAAUCGAAGGUUUCAUCCCGACCACCGGUCGAGGAAUUCAAGCGGCCACUUCCCACUGUCUCGGGCAAAACUUUUCAAAAAUGUUUGAUAUUGUGAUAGAAGACCCGAAUGCGUCUGCCUCGAAUACUUCAACCAACUCAGCAACUGCAGGGAAAAUGCAUGUCUGGCAAAAUUCUUGGGGGUUGACCACUCGCACUAUCGGAGUUAUGGUUAUGAUUCAUGGCGAUGAUAAGGGGCUAGUGAUUCCGCCGCGUGUUGCGUCCACGCAGGUUAUUGUUAUUCCGCUUGGAAUGUCUGCAAAGACCACUGAGGUGGAACGACAAGAAGUUGAGAAUAAAGUAAAGAAAGUGGUGGAAGAGUUGAAGUCUAUUGGGAUCAAGGCGAAGGCUGAUCUGCGGGACAAUUAUACCCCGGGGUAUAAAUUUAAUCAUUGGGAAUUGAGGGGAGUUCCCUUACGUCUGGAAAUCGGACCAAAAGAUCUCGCCAAACAACAAACACUGUCAGUAAGACGUGACAACGGAGUCAAAGAACCUCUUCCACUCCCCGACUUAAAAACGCGUGUUCCUGAAAUGCUUAACCUUAUUCAAAAAGAAAUGUUUGAACGUGCCAAAAAAGUGUACGAUGAUCACGUGAAAAUAGUGAUAAAAUGGGAAGAUUUCGUGCCGACUUUGGAUAAUAAGAACUUUGUUCUUACUCCUUGGUGCGAGGAAGGGAAAUGUGAGGAUGAGAUCAAGGAACGAAGUGCCAGAACAAAUACAGAACAAGAGCCUCAAGAUGAGAAAGCGCCAUCCAUGGGCGCAAAAUCAUUGUGUAUCCCUUUUGAUCAACCGAAAGAGCCAGCACUAGUUCCAGGCGAAACAAAAUGUGUAAAUUGCGGUAAAGACGCUAAGCGUUACGGGCUAUUUGGAAGAAUUGCAUCUCGGUUGGUACUCAACAUGGAUACAAAAUUUAUAAUUGUGAUCCUUUUGGAAAGUGUUAUUCAAAAGGUUGGUUUAGAAACGAUACUUCUUUCGGUCACUGAGGGUGGUAUAGGAAUUGUCGAGAUGCUUUUUUGUACCUCGCUUGUAGCAUUGGUUGGAGCCGGGGAACAACCGGCUUUCUCACCGAGACGCCUGCAAAUCACUAAUACCAAACGACAAUCUACGAUAUGUGAACUUACGUUUGCAACCUCGAUCCUUGCCGUGAAAUUAAAUCGACGACGAUUGAUUGUCGUGUUGGAACAAACAAUAUUCGUCUACGAUAUUAGUAACAUGAAAUUACUGCACACUAUCGAGACGAGUCCUAAUCCACGCGCUAUUUGCGCACUCUCUCCCUCUCCUACAAAUGAAAAUUGUUAUAUAGCAUAUCCCUCACCUACCCCUUCACCAACUUCACCUUUUUCAAGCAGUACACAGAACGCGGCACCCUCUGGUGAUGUGUACGUUUUCGAUGCGUUCCAACUGCAGCCGGUCAAUGUUAUACAGGCACAUAAGAGUCCAGGAACUGUAAUUCGAGUUUUUUCACUUCCGAAUGGCCAAAAGUUAUAUCAGUUCCGAAGAGGAUCAUAUCCGACCCGCAUUCACUGUGUUUCCUUUAACACUGUUGGCUCGUUAUUAUGUGUAUCUAGCGACAACGACACUGUACAUAUUUUCAAACUAUCUGGAAAUACCCACAGUGGCCCGCCAACUGGUGGUGCGAAUACUGGUGGCGCGAAUAAUGGAGCCUCGAAUGGCGGUACCGCCGUAGGUUCGUUGAAUCGCCAUUCCACAGGGCCGAUAACGGUUGGUGGGUUCGAGCCUUAUAUUAACGAGAAGAGAAAAACUGGGCCUGGAGCUGUCGGCAAUAUACGUCGCCAGUCUUAUCAUCUCGGUCGGACUGUUGCUGGUAGUGUCGGUAAUUACCUUCCAGAUGCGCUUACUGAAAUUUGGGAGCCUGCACGAGAUUUUGCCUAUCUCAAGUUACCUAACUCCGGUGUGCAAAGUGUAGUUGCUUUUAACAACACCGCAGCUCAACUUUUGGUAGUCACUUCGGAUGGUUAUUUCUACCAGUACAACAUUGAUCUCGAAAAUGGCGGAGAAUGUACUUUGUUUAAGUCAUAUAGAAAUAUAUCUCCAGCUCCGACCCCCACACCAAUUCCUAUUACAGUCGAUCCAGUUACGCAAAAACUUAAACAAGAUAUUUUGGCUUUACAAAACAAAAUUACACAAAUAGAAACCGAAGUGGAAUGGAAGUCUGAAGCCCGAAGUAGAGCUACAGGUCCAAAUAUUCCACUGAAACCGAAACUCUCUGGGUCGAAUUUACCGUCCUAUUUAGAAAGAGAGAAACAUUCUCCCACAAAAAUGUAUAAUGCCUUAUCUGGAGAAAUUGAUCUCAGUCCAGCCACGCUAGCAAGUUUUUAUCGGCACCAGAGAUCCCUAAAAUCGAAGAUUGGGUUGAAAAAGAAAACCGGAAAAAAGAUUCAGUUAUCAUUAGCGGUAAUAGCAAUAGACUUGGAGAGCCAUUUCUCACGAAAUAAUAAUUUUUCAAGUAGCAGUAAUAUAAUUUUUGAUAAUAACGAUGAAAACGAUAGUAGCGGGAAGGAACUCUCAUUUUAUGGGCUUUAA